AAAUUAUAAUUAAAGCGCGCCAUUUUUGAGUAAAGAUAAAAAAUGCAAGACGACAAAAAUGCAGUUUACCAAAUGCGUUUUCCACAAAAGCUUUGGUAUUUACUUAAUCUAAGUACUGACGCAGUUCUCUGGGGUGGUACAGGAAAAACUAUCUUGCUAAAUUACCGUAUCCUACACAAUUAUCUGCAAUGUGACAAUUCCGUUUUUAAAACUACAAAUAUUUCCAGUUUUGUGAGACAACUAAAUCUGUACGGAUUUCGUAAGGUCACAUCUCAUCUCCAGGAUCCUUUGUGUAACUCGAGCAAUCCCUACAUGCAUGAAUACAUCCAUGACUUCUUCCAAUUUGGUAGACCAGAGUUGCUGCAUAAAAUAUCUAGAAAAGCAUUAACUAUGAAAAAGACUUUUAAAGCUAAGGAAACUAAUGGAUGCAUGGAUCAUAUUUUACAAUACAGUAGUUUGACUCCUCUACAGAAAGCACGUCGUGCCUUACGUUUGGCUCUGAAUAAGGCUGCAGAAGAUAUAAUUUUGCACAAUCCAUCAUAUCCAUCAUGUAGUUUCAAGUUUGAUUGUGAUGAUUCUCCAGAUGAUCUCUGUGAAGAAGAAGAGUCUGUUGAAAUAGAAUGGCCUGAUAUCCCUACUCCAAAAGAGGAGCCAGAAAUCCUUCCUAAAACAGAACAUAUGCAAAAGCAAAUACAAGAGAAUAUGUCACACAACUUUGCAAAUAUAAGAAGUACGUCAUCAAAUGAAAGUUUUAUGAAUUUCAAUGAAGACUCUUCUCAGAAUGCAAAUGAUAAUUUCUGUGGUCAGUUCUUGAGCAUGCCAGAACUUGAUCCAGAACCACUUCAAGAAAGGUCUAAGGCAAAAAUAUCUCCAGAGUUUUAUUUUGAAAACAAUAAGAAAGAAAUUACUGUUAAAAGCUUGAAUAGAAUGGAUAGUGAACAAAAUUCACUAAAUUGUGUUCUGCCCUCAGUUAGCAAUGAUCAAAAUGAUGAUAUUAUCAUUAAUGAGAGUAAUCAACAGAGUCAUUACAAUGGAGAAUGGGACCAGAUGCUAAAUGAUUUUAUAGUUAACAAAGGCUCCAGUCAAGAAUGCAGUUCAGAACUAAAAGAUAUUUAUUGUCAGAUUUCAAAAACUAUAGACUUGUUGAAUUCUUAAGGAAAAUUCAAAUAUUAAGAAUUCCUUAUGCCAUUUAUUUUAAUAAAAAAGUUACAAUUUUUAAAUUA